UCCAAUUCCUAGCACCGGUCAACUCAACCUGCUAGUCUUCUUCAUGGUCAAGCCAAAAUUUAAUUAGGCAGAAAAAGGAUAUCAAUAGCAUAGGUGAAAUAUAUUUUUAUUUUUAUAUUUUAUUAAACUUGUCUUUUUAAUCUUUUUAAAAAAAUUUAAUUUAUUUUUAAUCUCUUUUAUUUAUGUUGUCCAGUUAAAAAUGAAUAUAAGAUGAUCCUUUAAUGAAUCAUAUCAAUUAUAGAGAUUGCCAUGUGGAGCUGCAAGCACAUGACCUGUAUAUAUCCACACAUACCCUCCUCGCAUUGCAUCACUUCACUUCACUCUUUAGUUCUGUAUUCCAUAUCAUUCGUAAGGCACAGAUAUGGCUGAAUAUAAGCAACCUCGACUAAAUGGGGCCUACUACGGCCCAGCAAUUCCACCGGCAGAGCCACCACGGCAACGCUCUAACAGUGCCAGAAGAUGCUGUUGCUGUCUCUUGAGCAUCUUCUGUAAGGUUCUAGUAGCAAUAAUCGUCUUCAUUGGCCUCUUCAUCCUCAUCUUCUGGCUCGUAGUCCAGCCACGCCUCUUCAAGUUCCACGUGUCAGAAGCUAAGCUCACCCAAUUCAACUACACGGACAACACCCUCCAUUACAACCUCGUACUCAACUUCACUGCUCGAAACCCCAACAAAAAGCUCAACAUCUACUAUGACAAAGUGGAGGGUCAAGUGUUAUACGACGGUGUGGGGUUCGCUUCAACGGACGUGGUCACGUGGAAGAACUCGUUCCGCCAACACACGAAGAGCACGGACAGCAUGAGCGGCGUUUUCUUGGGGCAAUAUGUGGUGGCGCGUGAUCACGAACGCGACUCUGAUUUCGACAAAGAUAAGAAAAGAGGGGUUUUUCAUAUCGAUGUGAGGCUCUAUUUCACGAUUAGAUUUAGGCUUGGUGAUGGAAUAGGUGGCGACACUAAGGCGAAGGCAAAGUGUGAGCUUGGGGUUCCUUUGAGUUCUAAUGGGAUUACUGGGACUGCGUUUCAGCCCACUGAGUGUGACGUCGAUUUCUGAGGGUUCCUACUUCACGCGCAGCACAUUUAAUUUUCUCAUUCCCAUCUACUAUUGGAUUAGGAUUAGUUGGUUGAACUUUCUUUUUCCUUCCAGUUUGUUUUUGUAAUUUCUGAUUUUGUAAAAGUUAUUAUUUUCCUUUGCAAGUAGAUUCUUUUACU